CUAUGUAGGACAUGUGAGGUUCAGGUGAAUAAACAGGCUGGAGCUAGAAUAUCGUUGUCGCGCGUCCUUAUUUUAGAUCAUACUACAGUCGUGACUUACAUAAUGAGCAUGAGCUCGAAGGGGAGUGUCCAACUCCGACAUGUAUAUAUAGAAGACCUUCCCGCGCUGAAAUAGAAAUUACGAUAUGGCCGGUAGAAGAGAAUAGCAAUAUCUCCCAAUGAACCAGGAGGAGAAGAGCAGGAAGUGAGGAGGCUACGAUCCAGUCGCUGUAGAGCUGUGAUGCAGAGCCCUGGUAUGAAGGCCGGUGGCCCCCCUGAUGGGGGCUAUGGAUGGGUGGUGGUCACCUCAGCCUUCUUUAUCAUGGGCCUCACUACAGGCGUCCUUAAGAACUUCGGCCUAUUCUUCCUAGAGAUCCAGAACCAUUUUGGAGUCCUCACCAGCACCACCUCAUGGGUCACCUCCACUAUGAUAGUCAUGUUUCACUUGGGAGCCCCAGUUGCCAGUGUCCUGAGCAUGCACUGUACUCAGAGGGCAGUCAUCAUGACGGGAGGGCUCCUCAGUGCUUCAGGGAUGAUCCUGGCGUCUCUCGACCUCAGUCUUCCAUGGAUGUAUCUCAGCAUUGGCGUACUGCAAGGUUUGGGACUUUCAUUUUCCUGGUUACCAGCCAACAGCAUAGUGAGCCACUACUUCCUGAAGUGGCGUCCCAUAGCGUACGCCAUAGCCAGCUCCGGGGAGUGUGUUUUCGCCAUGGUGUUCAGUCCUUUUUUCCAGUGGCUCAUCGAGGUCUACACCUGGCAGGGAGCUCUGCUCGUCAUAGGGAGCCUUCAGCUCAACCUCUGCGUCUGUGGAGCCCUCAUGAGACCUCUUGAAUCCAAACCCCAUAAUCACACAAACCCAAAUAAGGACGACCACCAGGACUCCAAAGCUGAUGAUGACCCGACACCAAAAAAGCUAAGCUUCCAGUGGACGUUGCUAAGGAAACCAGAAUUGCUGCUCUACAUCCUGUUUGCCAUUUUCGCUGCUGCAGGAUUUUUCAUCCCACCUCUAUUUGUGGUUCCCUAUGCCACCAGCCUGGGAUUGAAGAACUACUGGGCGGCGUCCAUCCUGUCUGUGCUGGCAUUAGCUGACCUGCUUGGUCGUCUGGCCUGUGGUUGGCUGGCCAACCUGAGGCUGGUGAGGAACUUACAACUGCUGACAAUGGUUGUCACCAUGUUGGGGGUAGUGCUACUGCUGCUGCCCAUUGGCAAGGACUAUUCAGUCCUUCUGGUCUUCUCCUCGCUCUACGGUUUUCUGUUUGGCUGCGUUGUAGCCAUCCAUGUGACGUCGAUUGUGGACAUAGUGGGCCUGGAGAGGUUCGACAGCGGCCUGGGACUCUUCAUGCUUUUUAGAAGUAUCGGGGGCUUCAUUGGUCCACCUGCUGCAGGUUGGCUGGUUGACCUGGACAAAGACUUUGGUGCAUGCUUCUACCUGUCUGGAUUGGUUCUCAUCCUAUCUGGUGUGUUUGUGGUGCUGGUGGACCGGCUUGUCGAGCGGAAGGUCUCUCCAAGUGAAACCGAGCUACUCAGGCCUUUGCCUACAAGAUGGGAGUGAAGCUGGUUGUUCGUGAGAGCAACUGCAAAUAAUGUUACUCUGUUUCAGGGAUAUGGCAGUUAAUGUUUGCAGUUCAUGAGCUCUUGGGAUGGCUUCAUUCUGAGCUUGUAUCACCAAGUCAGGGUUUUAUCUAUAUUAAGCUGCAUCACAGGAGUAAGUAAUGGAGGGUGUUGACAUUAUACCUGGUCAUUCACCAUUUGUGAAGUUCCCCUUUUACAUAUGUUUGACCAGGUUGUACAGUAGUUAUCACUUUUAAUGCCUACCAUGAUGUAUUUGAAUGUUCACUGAUUUGUCUUGAAAUUGUCUGUUAUAUACUUGGCAUACAGUAUACCUGUAUGAACAAAUUAAGUUUAUUUUUGUUUCAAUAUCUGGUGCAAUGCAUAUAUUAAAUGCUUUUUUGGUUAGACCUGCUGCUAACACCUAUGCUGAGGCACAUAAUGUGAGUAAAGUUAAGUACUUUCGAUGUGCCGUUUUACCCAUACAUUAACUGGAAUGUCAUGUGCUAUAGAGUUAAUGAUCAAUGUUAUUUAUCCCCUUUACACAAUAGAAAAUUGCACAUGGCAAUCUAGUACUGGUGCUGUGGCUCAGCACUUCACAUGUCACCAGUGCCAUAUCUUCAAUAGACUCUAUUCAAGUAUAUCAAGCCUCAUGGUUGUGCAAAUUCCUUCCAUCCACAUCAAAGAUUGUCAACUGUAGUCACACCAUUUAGUCCUCCCCUUAUAACGGUGUUUCUGAAAUAAUGAUCAGUUUCUUUCAAAAGCUGAAUGUCUUCUGUGGCUUUUAAACCUACCUUCACUGGCACUGGAUGCAGUGAAACCACCCAACUUUAAAAUCCAACAAAUUACAUGCAGCUGUUGCAAGUUAAAACACUUGCCUGUGUGAUAUUGCCUAGACUAACCCCCCCCCCCCCCAAAUAUAACAAGACAUAAAUACAAGGGUACUUUUGCACCCA